AUGGCUUCGGCCUCAACCUCCACGCCGGCCGGCAACAAGCCAACAGCCAUUGUCUGCGUUGGAAUGGCAGGCUCAGGCAAGACCACCUUUAUGCAACGCAUCAACGCGCAUCUCCAUGCGCAAAAGGAGCCUCCAUAUGUCAUCAAUCUAGACCCAGCUGUUUUAAAUGUGCCAUUUGAAUCGAACAUUGACAUCCGCGACUCGGUAAACUACAAGGAGGUGAUGAAGCAGUACAACCUGGGACCGAAUGGUGGAAUCUUAACAAGUCUGAACUUGUUUGCGACAAAAAUUGACCAGAUAGUGGGACUAUUGGAGAAGCGUGCGAGUCCUGAGGAUGGUAAAAAGACGAUAAAGAAUAUUUUGGUUGACACUCCUGGUCAAAUUGAAGUCUUCGUCUGGUCAGCCUCCGGUCAAAUCCUUCUCGAGUCCCUUGCCUCGUCCUUCCCGACCGUCAUAGCAUACAUCAUCGACACGCCACGUACCGGUUCUACCAGCACUUUCAUGUCCAACAUGCUAUAUGCUUGCUCGAUCCUGUAUAAGACGAAGCUCCCAAUGAUCCUCGUGUUCAACAAGGCGGAUGUCAAGAAUCCCUCGUUUGCCAAGGAAUGGAUGACGGACUACGAUGCGUUCCAGGAAGCACUACGUGCGGACGAGGAAGGCAAUGCGUUUGGGGGCGUGGAAGGCGAGGGCGGAGGGUCCGGAUACAUGUCGAGUUUGCUGAACAGCAUGAGCCUGAUGCUAGAGGAGUUCUACGCACAUCUGAGUGUUGUUGGCGUGAGCGCCAUGACCGGACAGGGCAUUGAUGAAUUCUUUGCGGCGGUCCAAAAGAAGACUGAAGAGUUCAAAAGCGAUUAUCUGCCCGAGCUGGAGCGGCGGCGAGAUGAGCGGGAAGAUCUCAAACGCAAGGCGCGGGAGAAGGAGCUGGACAAGAUGAUGAAGGGCAUGAGCAUGGACACUGGGAAGGCAAAGGCCAGCGGCACUGGCGACGCGUCUGAUGAGGAGGACUCGGACGAUGUGAUCAGUGAUGACGAUGAUAACUUCGUCGACGAUGAGACGGAUCGCGAAGGCCUGCAGGCACGAUACGAGGCUGCUGCGCAGGGAGAGGAUGAAUCAAUGAUGGAAGAGGCGAGCUUUGCCAAGUAUCUCCAUACGCAAAGGCAAUAA